GAAAACUUAAUUAAAGGUUUACAGCUUCUUCAAAUUAAAGAUAAACACAAUAUUUCAGAAGCUGCAUUUAACGAAAUUCUUAAAGUUUUUGAAAUUCCUGGAAUUACACUUUACAAACUUCGAAAGUUUCUUGGAAAUUUUAUGUCAUUAAAACCAACUCUUGUAGAUUGUUGUAUAAAUUCAUGUGUGGCAUUCACAGGCGAGCUUAUUAACAAAAAUAUUUGUCCAGAAUGUAAAGAGCCACGUUAUAAAGUUGAUGAAGAAUCUCAAAUAUCUCGAAAAAAAGCUGCUUAUUGGUCACUUAUUGAUUCAUUUCAGACCCAAUAUAAAGAUAAAACUCGUGCAGAAAUUCUUCGUUACAGAUAUAAUUAUACUUCUACUUAUGAAUAUACUCUUGGUAAUCAGAUAGGUGAUGUAUUUGAUGGCCUUCAAUACAAAACUUUAGCCACAUCUGGUUUCUUUUCAGACUGUCAGGAUAUAGCUCUAAUGGCAUCAAUUGAUGGAUAUCAAAUUUUUCGUCAAAAAAGAGAU